AUGCGGAUCCAUCUCCACUCUAUCUUCGUGGAUUCGACGGAAACCUCCGGCACGGUGAAUCGCAAAGGACUGUGGAAGGUCAGACGGAAACUCGUCUGUCCCGAACCAGUCACCCAGAUGGUACGUCAGCUUCACGAUGGCAUGACGGAAAGCGUCAAGGAAAAUGGAGUCCUAUCAAAGGCCUUCACAGUAACCAACGGAGUGAUGCAAGGCUGCGUAGUCGCUCCCACCCUCUUCAAUCUCAAGUCAUUUGUCAUUUUGUUGGACGCCUACCGUGACGAACGCCCCAAUUUUCUCGACGUCUACUGGGUGGACGGCCACCUCCUCAACCACCGGCAGAAGCACUUACAGUCACGGGUAUGCCCAUACACUGUCCAUGAACUUCCCUUCGCCGACGACUGCGCUCUCAACAACACCUCCGGAGGGGACAUACAAAGGAGCAUGGAUCUCCUCACCGCCUUCUGCGACAACAUCGCCUUGGUCAUCAACACGGAGAAGAAGAUGGUUAUGCAUCGACCGCCACUCGACGCUACCUACAAUGCACCCCAAAUCAACGCGAACGACGUCCAACUGCAAGUCGUAGACAAAUUUGCCUAUUUGGGCGGCACCCUCCCCGUGGCCCCUAGAUUUCCAAAGCCAGCUAAGUCUUUGGACGUCUGCAAAACCGCGUCUGCAACCGUCACGGUCUCCAUCUCAACACGAAGCUGA